GCGACAACAAACCUUUUGUCCACUCCUUUUUUAGUGUGGCAACCACAAGAACUCUUCCCCGAACAAGGAGACUGACUGGAGCCCACCGGUCGCCCCUCUCCCAUUUAAUAUUUCUUUCUAUCUUCCUCCUUUCCUCCCACCGUCUCCCCUCUCACCAAACUUUCCCCUCUUUGUGUUGUUUGCAGGUCCACUCCUUCCUCAUUGCUUUCCUUUUUGCUAUCCUUUCUUUCAUCCAUCACAUCAACCAUACCUGUCAACCCACUUAACCGAAUCCUCGAGCGCGUCUCCUUUUCUUCUCGCGCAACGCCACACACGCCGACACAACCGCGGCCCGGAAACAGUUUAAAGAUGUUUGGAUCCGGGGCCAGCGGUGGCACGAGCGGAGGCUUUGGAGGCUUUGGGGCGAGUAAUAAUAAUCAAACUGGAAAUACUGGUAGCGUGUUUGGUAGUGGAACGGGGUUUGGCCAACCGGCCAGUACGGGUACGUUUGUUAUUUUUUCUCCAGAGUAUUUGCUUCGAUUUCUUGCUUUCUUUGCUUUUUUUUUUUUGCUGCUUUUCUCGCUUCGAUGUGGGAACUUGCGUGGUCUAUAUCUUGCGGAAUGCUUUCAACCGUGACGUGAUUGGGGCGCGUUGUCUUGAGGUUCUUCACGCGAGGGAAUUUUGGGCGGGUGUUUCUUUCUUCGAUUAUGGUAGCGAUGGUGGCGAUGAAUGGCGAUGAUGAUUACAUGCAUUACACUCCGGAACUCAGUCUCGACUAACUUCUCCACCUGCUGGUUUCUUCUCCAGGAUUUGGCAAUACUGGUGGGGGGGGAUUUGGCCAGCAGCAGAACACGUCCAAUGCUUUCGGCGCUGCGACUACAACCAACACCGGCUUCGGUGGUCCAAGUGGAGGUACUUCUAGAAAUCUGUUCCAUCAUCGUCAUCGUCGCUAUCAUUGUCUGCUUUUGUACAUGCACUAUCUUACGGCCCAUAAGGCUCAUGUUGUCUUGAUUCUCUGUCCUCUGCUCCUGUUGCAAUCUUCUGAAACGAUCACGAAUAUUCCCUUUACCCUUUUGCACAUAACGGCGGCAGUGGCCCAACACAAUAUAGAGCUGUAACUACUUGUUGUGUGCCAUGCUGUGACAUCGUAGAGUUGAUGAACUUGACUCGCUAUGGAUAAGUCUAAAUCUAACGUUCCUGGUACUCCUAUAGGCUUCGGAGCGACGAACAACGCGGCAACAUCCCCCUUUGGUGCUGCUAAACCAUUUGGCGGAACAACCCAACCCGGGACAGGCGGUCUUUUUGGGGGUAAUACUUCUAGUAAUACAACAUCUGGCGGUACUGGAUUUGGGUUUGGUGCUACCAAUAAUGCCUCUAAUGUAUUUGGUGGUGGGAAUACGGCUGCCGCUGGUGGAGGCGGGCUCUUCGGAAACUCAAAACCUACCUUUGGUCCUACGGCAACCACUGCGGGAGCUGCUGGAGGCUUGUUCGGGACUGCAAACUCGGGUACUGGAGGCGCAUUUGGUGGGACUGCAAACACAGGGAUUGGAUUCAGUUCAGGAACUGCCCAAGGGCCUUUAACUGGGACGGCAAAUCCCCCAUACGCCGCGUUUACGGAGAAGGAAGCACAGGGUGGCACAACCAAUCACUUCCAGACAAUUGCCUUUAUGCCGGCAUAUAAGAAUUGGGCGUUAGAGGUAGGUGUUUGGCUUCAGGAAAUUCUCAACUAUCGCGAUGCUAACUAAUCAUUAGGAAUUGAGACUCCAAGAUUAUGUCCAAGGCCGCCGGUAUGGGACUGAUUCGGGCAAUAGCGGCGCAUUCGGUCAAGGCACGCAGUUUGGCGCUGCAUUUGGAGCUGCCAACAAUACCAAUACCUCGGGUUUCGGAGCGACAAGUAACACUGCUACUACCGGCGGAGGCCUCUUCGGCAAUACAGCUAAUAAUAACACCACUUCUACCCCUUUCGGGGCGACCAACACUGGGGGUGGCUUCGGGACUGGUGCUACUCAGACAGGUGGUAGUCUAUUCGGUGCUAAUAAGCCUGCUACUGGAGGCCUCUUCGGAGCUACCAACAAUACCACCACAACUGGUGGUGGCGGAUUGUUUGGGGCUGGUGCCAACAACACAACUGCUGGGGCUUUUGGGGGGGGCAAUACCGCUGGUACCUUUGGAGCUACUGGAACUACUGGCGCUGCUGGCGGCUUAUUUGGUGCUGCUAACAAUAACAACAACCAACAAGCGCAGAAGCCCUUUUCCUUUGGGAACACUGGUGCUGGCUUUGGGGGCGGUGCUUCGAAUACUGCCUUCGGCGCGCAAGGGAACAAUGCUACUACUACUGGAGGUGGAUUAUUUGGAAACACUCAGAAUACUACUCCUGCUUUCGGAGCAGCACAGCCUGGUACCGGAUUUGGAGGGACAGGGGGUGCUUUUGGGACUGCCGGCCAAAAUCAAGGUGGAACUGCCUUUGGUGCCUUUGGAAAUAAUCAGCAAGCUCAGCAAAACAAACCUCCUUUCGGUGCUGCUUUCGGUGCUACCCAGGCUGCCACUGCUACGGGUGGGGGCGGAUUGUUCGGAAACAAUAACCAGCAGCAGCAGCAACAGAAUACUGGUGGGCUGUUCGGCGGCGGUGACAGUAAACCAUUUGGUCCUCCUCCCAUUUCUACUGGAACUCAGGGCGGUGGAUUAUUUGGAAACAAUGCUACCGCUACUGGAGGCACGGCUGGAGGGCUGUUUGGGGGUGGUCAGGCUACCCAGGCCUCUCAAGGUGGGCUGUUUGGGGGUGGGGCUGGCGCCAAUACUGGAAGUGGAGGGUUAUUCGGCAAUAACGCCAACAAGCCACCGGGCGCACAAGGUGGUGGGCUUUUCUCGAACACUGGACCUCCUGCAUCGACCAACGGCGGCCUUUUUGCGGGCUCAUCUCUUGGUGGCUCCCAACUAAAUACUUCUACUGGUGGUGGGUUCUUCAACAAUCAACAGCAGCAACCACCACAACAACAGCAGCAGAUGGCCGGGAAUAGCUUGUUUGGUAGCCAGUUCGGAAAUAGUGUUCAGGGCCAACAACAUCAGCAACAACAAGGUUUUACUGCGUCGGUUACGGAUUCGCCGUAUAUUAACCCUGUGCUCAAUUCAUCAUUGGGCAACGUACCGAACUCCCCUAUGGGCCCUAUUGCUACCCCACUGAGCUCCAACGUCCAGACUAAGAAAGCUGCCAUGAUUCCUCAUUAUAAAAUCGCGCCUAGACAGCCAUCUCUUGCACCACGCCUUGGAAACAGCUUCUCUCGAAGCGGUUCGCCCUUUGCUGCCUCAUCUGGUAGCCAUGCUACUCUUGGGAAUAGUGGAAGUUUGGGACGUUCGUUUUCAUCAACCAACAAGCUGCACUUAUUCGAUGGUGACGACUCAAUCCUUAAUUCCAGCUCUUUCACCCCCAACACCUCAAGCCGAGUUGCUAGUUUGAAGAGAUUGGUCAUAGACAAGAAGAUAAGAGAUCAAGAUUUAUUUUCUGGUGGCCAGGAUCUUCGAAAGGAUAAUUCUGGCGGUUCAGAUUUUGUGGCCAAGAGCGGAACCAAGAGUAUACUUAAGAAGACUGUUAGCUUUGAUAUCGCAGCCAAUCGCAGGGGCGAAGAGGAGCUUUUUGGUGCGGGAGCCACUUCGGCCAAGGGAAAAGAGACGGUUGGGCCUAGCCCCACGGCUGAGGAGAUGGGUUUCUUGAGGAGCACUCCGGAGAGGCGGAGAUUAAGGGAGGUUGAAGAGGCAUCAAAUGGAUCUACCUCCGCGAAUGAUGCACCCGUUAUCGGCAAUGAGGUUGCUGUUAUCUCCGAGAAGCCGAAGGAUGAUAAGUCACCUGGAACCUACUGGAUGGUGCCUAAUGCUUCGAAAUUGAAGAUGCUGCCGAAAGAACAACAGAAACGGGUCAUGGGUUUGACAAUCGGACGUCGCGGUUAUGGGCAAGUUAGGUUCGACAAUCCUGUUGACAUCUCUGAUAUCGAGGACAUCGACAAAAUCCCCGGCCAUAUUGUUCUCUUUGCUCAACGUGUUUGCACCGUUUAUCCUGAGACAAUGCCUAAGCCACCUCCGGGGAAGGGCCUCAAUGUGCCUGCUACGAUUACCCUUGAGGACUGUUUCCCCGUUUCCAAGAACGAGCGUGGCAAAAUCAGAGAUCCCGAGCAUCCUCGCUAUGUUACUCAUAUCCGUCGGUUGAAGAGCAUUAAGGACACCGAGUUUGUUAAUUACCUUGCGAACGAGGGCUUGUGGAUCUUCCGCGUUCGUCAUUUCACUACUUAUGGACUCGUUGAGAGUGAUGAUGAGGAAGAUGGUGAUUACACCGUUGAUGAGUCAUCAAUACUUCCUACAGGCGAAACUCCCUCCCCCGCUAGGACUCCUAGUAGUUCAUUGUGGGAUGGGGAUGAGGAGAGCAGUAUGGACGCUGAUGUUAGUGGUGUUGAUAACACAUCCAGCUACGAUGACACUUUCGAUUUCAAGAAAUUUGGCUCCAGUGCCAUCGCGUCGAGAUACAACCGUGGCCAAUAUAGCUCCUUUUUGGGCCGCAGUGAUAGGGAAACGAGUCACGAAGAGUCGGAAGAGGAGGGGGAUGUUACUAUGGACCAGGCUUUUUUAGGUGAAGGCUCCGUGGGUAGCGUUGAGGAUGUGGAUGAACCCGCGGAGCCUGAGUCGGACCAAUCGGAGGAGGAGGUUGAUACCACUGUUGUUGUGGAUGACGAAACUGACGGAGAUGUGACGGGAGCUUUGGUGCUUGCCAAUUCCCAUAUGUUGAGCCCGGUGAAGGAGGACGAGGAGGAUACGAUCACUCCAGAUACUCCUGCAAAGCUAUUGCCUAUGGGUCAGGACUGGACUGAACAAUUGAACAAUACUAUAAGUCCUAAGAAGAGGAGGUUUGGUGGCGAGAGUUUCAUGGCUUCCACACGUAAACUUGCCAAUAGCCCGGUCAAGAGAUUCAAUAUUGAGCCCAUGAGCUAUGGGUUAUUGGAUUUGGCAAAUGAUCUUUAUGGUGGUGUGGCAGGCGCGAUAAAUGGGAAUUAUACGAAAGGAAAAGGAAAGGCAGCGUGGGAUCAAGUUGAGGUUUGAACCGUCUUUACCCUUUUUUUUUUUUCUUUUGUGGCGUUUAUUUCCCUUUUCUCUUUUGCAUACGUCUGUCGACUUUCCUUCCCCUGGAAACAAAAAUGUUCCAAUGUUCUCAUGUAAGGUUAAGCAAGACUGAAUUAUAUAACUGAAAAUUGUUCUUUGCUUGUAGUCUCCUACAUCCGCCAGAUGUCAGCAUGAAAACGCGUGGACGGCAACGAAGAACGAUAAAAGCAAUCCUGAUACUAUCGAGUCGGAUGACAAACGGUGGCGGAAUGCCGUAAAGCCGGUUUGGGGGAAGGAUGGAUCUAUUAUUUAUUUCGGAAAUUUGGAGGGGUUAGGGCGGAGGAGGAAUUACGGAAAUGAUUUGAGGCUUGCAAAGCUGAAGUACUCUAUUCAGGUUUGUGAUUAUUGUUCUAUACCUUCGAAAGCGGAUUCUGAUUGUGCGCAGGGAUCCGAAAUCCAGGGCACCCCUAAACCUUUGGAACUUCAACUUCGAGCGACCACUAUCAAGCGGGACGAAUUCAAUGUUCCGGUAGCUGAGCUUAAGAUGGAUACACUUUUUCACUCCUUCACCCAACUCAGCUGGAGCCCGGAUGACCCCGCGAGUCAGCACGAGAAGGGCGUUUGGGAACUUGCCAGUGUGCUCUGGGAUCCUGUCGCUGGGGAAUUUGCCUUGGAGGAGGAGUCGCAGGAGAUGAUUGAGCACACUCAAGAGAUCUGCCGCAAGGAGAGAUUAUCUAAGUUCUUGGAAGCUUUGGUUGAAGUCGCCGCCGACGAACAUGCCCAUGGCGCCACUACGCUGGAAGAAGUUGCAAUUGCUCAUUUGACUGCUCAUAGGGUCGAACACGCUUGUGCUUCUCUUCUUGAAGCUGGGGAUUUUAGACUUGCUAAUCUGAUCACUAUGGUUGGCGGGGAUGCUAAACUUAGAUCAGCUAUCAAGAAACAGCUCGAGCAAUGGAAGAACAAGGGUGUGCUUGCGGAGAUUCCGAUUCCUAUUAGGGCACUUUAUGAGCUGCUUGCUGGUAAUACUUGUCACUCUGAAGGUGUCCGUGGCCCUCCGGAGGACGCCGCUCCUAACUUUUUUAUUCCGGGUCGGUUCAACCUUGACUGGAAGCGUGGGUUUGGACUCAAGUUGUGGUAUGGAUGUGCCGAGGAGGAACCAAUCGGGAAUGCUGUUGUUGAUUAUGAAGCGGACAUGAGAGAGUAUCCUGAGGCUGUUCCCUCACCCAAGCCUUGGUAUCACACGGAGGAGAACCCUGCCCGCGACGACGCAGUUGAUAUUCUUUGGGGUCUCUUGAAGCUCUAUGCUGACCGCGAGCUUAAUCUUGAAGAGGUCCUCGCGCCGGUGAAUAUAACCACCAGCUAUAUUGACUACAGACUCAGCUGGCAACUGCGCACCAUCCUCGCAAAGAAGGGUAUUAGAGAUUUUAGUGGCGGAAAGCUACACAGGAGGAUCGACGGUAUAGACGAGUUCAUUGCCGGAACCAUGGCCGACCAAAUCACCAUCGACUUCGCCGGCGAGCUUGAGACUCUCGGAAUGUGGGAAUGGGCGAUCUUCGUCCUCCUCCACCUGACCGACACUGACAGUCGCGAAACAGCCGUCCGUAACGUUAUAGGCAAGCACAUUGAUGAACUCGAGUCUACGGAGGGUGCCGACGUUGGGAAGAAGCUGGAAUUCCUCGAGAAGACGCUUCUAAUCCCGAAAAAUUGGAUCCACGAAGCCCGCGCUUUGCAAGCCCGUUCUACCGGUCGCCACUUACUCGAGGCCAGAUAUCUUCUUGCUGCGCAAGCAUGGAACGAAGCGCACAAGACGGUCGUCAAGCGGGUUGCGCCGGAAGCUGUCAUCUCUGGUGAUUUGGAAACUCUUAAGCCUAUCCUUGCCGAAUUCGAGGACGUCGACCUGGUUGAUAGGUGGAACUUGGGCGGCCAGGUUUACCUCGACUACAUUCACCUUCAAGAAUACGUCCUCUCCGGCAAGCUACACCUCGGGCCCACCAAGGAUGCACCCGAGCAGAAGGGCCUGCCAAAGUCGAAUAGUCCAAAGGACCUUGCUAGGCGCUUACUCGUAGGUCUCAAGAAUGCCGAUAGGGGGGGUUUUCUGCAGAACAUCGCGGUCAGGGAGAUGGCAGGCGUUGUCGGAAGCUGGGUGCUUAGGAGUGAUGAUAUGGUUUGUCACCCUUUUCUUCUUUUCGGUUUUUUUAUUCGGGGUGGAGUGUAGUGCUGAUGUCAAUCACUCUUCACACAGAUAUCUGAAGCUCCAAAACUCCUGGAACUCCCCCUCACCGAGGACCAGUUCCUCCGCAAGACGGUGAAUCUGGGACUAGCGUAUUACAGAGCGAGGUUACAGGAGGUUAGGUAGUUUUCUAUCAUUUUUAUUAUCGUUAUUGUUAUGUGUUCCUUCUUCGUCUUGGGCGGUUGGUUGGUUGAUUGUUGGGUUCUUGCUUGUUUGUCUGGGGGAAAUGUGAAAAGUUUGAUCCCUCCCUUUGUUGCCUGUUGUCUUUUACCCCCCCCCUUUUUUUUUUUUUCAUAUAGUGGUGCCUUUGGGCAGUGAUGUAGUUUUAGUAUUACAACGUCUUGAUCUGAGUGGUGGUAAUUUAGUUGCUGUUUUUUUUUAACCUUUCCCUUUCUUUCUACUUGAAGCUUGUAUUAGCUAGCGGGAUGAUGUGCUCCUACGGGGGGUACCGGCAUGAAGCUAUGAGCGUGGGUGCAUAUCUGGGUUGUGAAAGGAAAAUGAUAAUUAUGAUGUCGUGU